CGGCGGAAGGCGGUACGAACUCUCAGCGGUUCGCAAGUCGCAAGUAAUUCGGGGGAGCCACCAAAACGUACUCCCAAACGUACUUAACAUUUUUGUGUUUUAUGUUUGUGUUUUAUAAUCGAAACCAUAUAAAUUUGGGAGUUAUCGCAAGAACCAACAAUAAGUGCAAGUUUGAAAUAAAUUUAAAUAAAGCUAGGGUUAAAAAAAGAAACUACAACAACCCUGCUUUUCAACAAAAAUUGUGUGAUCCGGCAUAAAAUAUUUUAACCCUUGAUUCGGGAUCAGAAAUAGAAAUGUUAAACUAAAAAUCAAAACGAAAAAUUUCGUUAUUAUAAAAGGACUUUGAAAUACUUUAAUAAACGAUUUCUCCAACACUUAAACAAUUAAUUCAGAAAAAUAAGAUUUGUAAUCGAACCAAAACUUAAAUUAAAAGACAGACUCUUUAAACCGCAGUUUUGGUACUUAAAUAUAAAGAAAUUAAAAUAUAAAACUUAAAUAUAUUUUCAAAAAAAAUAUAUUUACUACCCAAGUGAAGUGAACUGCCCCAAAAUGACCAAAUACAAUAGUGGCGGCAGUGAAAUGCCAGCGGCAAACGCCAUCAAGCAGGAGUACAACAACGGAUAUGGCCAGCAAUCGCAUCCCGGAUACGGAGGAUACACCAAUUAUGGCCAACACAACCAGCAGCCAUCGAAUCUCAACCAGAACACCCACCAGACUCUGCAGAAUUUCUUCAGCCGCUUCAAUGCCGUCGGCGAUGGAAGUUCGGUGAACAAUGGCAGUGCUUCGAUCCAAGUCUCCGGAUCGAUUGCAGGAUCCUGCAACUAUAGCCACGGAAACCAUCCGGCGGAGAUGGACAAGCAGCUCGGUAUGAACAUGACGCCCUCGCCCAUCUACACCACCGACUACGACGACGAGAACAGCAGCCUCAGCUCCGAGGAGCACGUCCUGGCCCCACUCGUCUGCUCCUCCGCCCAAUCCUCGCGUCCUUGCCUCACGUGGGCCUGCAAGGCGUGCAAGAAGAAGAGCGUCACCGUGGACCGACGGAAGGCGGCCACCAUGCGGGAACGAAGGAGACUGAGAAAGGUUAACGAGGCCUUCGAGAUCCUCAAGCGACGCACAUCAUCCAAUCCCAACCAGCGUCUGCCGAAGGUCGAGAUCUUGCGCAACGCCAUCGAAUAUAUCGAGAGCCUGGAGGACUUGCUUCAGGAAUCGAAUCCCACACGCGAUGGCGACAACCUGGCGCCGAAUCUUAGUGGCAAAAGCUGCCAGUCCGAUUAUCUGAACUCAUAUGCCGGCGCUUAUCUGGAAGAUAAACUCAGUUUUUACAACAAGCACAUGGAGAAAUAUGGCCAGUUUUCAGAUUUUGAAGGCAAUGCCAAUGGUUCCAGUUUGGAUUGCUUGAACCUGAUUGUUCAGAGCAUCAACAAGAGCACCAUGAGCCCCAUUCAAAAUAAGGCCACGCCUCCACCUGCAGAUUCCAACACUCCGCCCACAUCUGGAGUUCCUGCAUCCACAUCUCUGCACGCGAAUUUCAAACGGAAGUGCAGCACUUAGCAUUUAAGAAUCAUU